AUGGACGCCCCGUUUUGUGAAGCAGUAGGCGCUUUAAUGCACUUGAUGACCGCGACACGACCGGACAUUGCCUUUGCUGUGAGUUACGUUUCGCGCUUCAUGGAAAACCUCCAAGUCGAGCACUGGAUGGCGGUCGAGCGCAUUUUGCGAUACUUACAAGGCACUAAGUCGCACGGCAUCGGUUUCAAGUCUGAUGACAAGGUAGACUUCUGCGGCUACUUGGAUGCAGACUGGGCCGGCGACCAUGUAGACCGCAAGUCGACUUCGGGAUAUGCGCUCAUCCUGAUGGGUGCUCCGGUGAGCUGGGGAAGCAAAAAGCAGUCAAGUGUGUCGCUGUCAACAAGUGAAGCGGAGUACAUUGCCUUAAGUCUGGCUAUUCAAGAAGGCAAGUGGUGCAUCGAUUGCUAUGCGAGAUUCUGGAUGCCGCAGAGGACAAGUCUGGGACCCGAGCUCAAGAUCAUGUAA